AUGCCCCGCGCGUCGCUGGAGCACUCGCCCGCCGCGCUGGAUCCUCCUCCCCCAUCCCGUCCUGAGCCGAAGUCGUCCCGUCCGGAGCCCCCACCCCUCGCCGGAGGACGCGGCCUCGUCGGAGCACACGCCCACCACGCCGGAGCUCCUGCGCCACGCCGUAGCCCGUGCCUCCCGCGUCGGAGCCCCCGCCUGCUGCCGGAGGACGCGCCCGCCGCGCCGAAGCCCCUGCCGACACGCAGGAGCCCCUUGCCGACCUGCUAUUUAUGCACCACGCCGGUGCCCCUGUCCAUUCCAUUCAGACAUGCUGAUUUUGCAUCCUCUGUUUUUUAUCGCAGGAUGCUGAUGCUUGCACUAAACACUGAUGCCUUCACUGAACAAUGA